AAAUGGUACGUUAUAGUGUUGAUCUGUGUUGAUGGAAAAUAUGGUUGAAAUCCGGGGCGUUCAGGUACGGACCCGCCCUAAACCCCAAUAGGCUUAGUGCCAAGGAGGUAAACCGAAAGAUGCCAAAGAUGAUACUCGUUGAGAUCCUUGGUUCGGCUGGAUGAAUUAGGGAAAAUUGGGAAUCAAAACAACUCGACAGGAAUAUCCCAAGCGCCAGGGGCUCCCUGGGUUAUCCGAAAAAAAGGCGUGACGCGAGAUUGAUCUAUUAAUACCAUCACUGCCGAGGAGGUAAUUAAUCUACUAUGUAAGAAGACGUGUUAAAGGCGCUAUCGACCCGCUUCCCCUUUUAGUGGGAAAAAGUGCCCCCCUUUCGAACUUCCAGAGAAUUGUUCUCUCCGCCGAUCGAUCACCUUCACAAAUCCAACCGAGGAGUGAUCCCUAUUUUUAUUAAACCGUUUGACCGUUGUCGACCCGACGACCACCUGUCCUUUCCUGCUUGGGUUUGAGAGAUAUCAUUUUCUCUUACUAUCAGAUCGGUGUCUUUCCUUGCAUUACUCCCAGAUCUAUAUAUUCUUCGUCAGUGUAGCACAUACCCCCCCGAAAAGAGCCAGCGCAUUAGAUCCACGCGAUCAUGGAUGAGUCUAUCGAGUCCGAGUCCGUCGCCCCUCCUGUCCGUGCCUCUUCACCCUCGCCAUUCAUCAUCCCGACGCCUGCUCUCUCCUCCUCGUGUCCUUCCCCGGACCGUACCGUUUCCACUGUUUCGACCCUUUCAUCCCGCUCCGUUUCGUCUGCCACUUCCGCCGAUGCCAGGUCUUCCGUGUCGACCGUCUCCUCACGGAGACGAGGAUACAUCCGACCCCAGGGGGCCGAGUUCGCUGAAUCGGCCAGACACCGCGAGAGUGUGAUGAGCUUGGGCAGUAUAGCUCACCUGCAGUAUUACUUUGCCCGGACAGGCUUGCUGGAAGGCAAAGGCGGCCACGCUCGGGAGUGGAAAAAGAAGCAGAAGCCGGAAGACAUUCCACGACUGCUCCUCACGCCAAACGCUCGCUUCAUCGAGGAUCUGACCGAGAGCCCCACGGAAGAGACCUCGGAUCCCGCCGAGGAGGAAUUCGAUGAGCACGAGGUAAUGCUGCCUCCCACCGUGAGCACCUAUAGCGUGAAAACGUUUCACAUUCCGCCGCCGCCAGAUAUCGGCGCCCUACGAAAGGACCUGCUAGACGCGUUGAACAAAGCGGGAAAGAGCAUGGAGACGAUCGGAUCCCAGAAGGAACCACCUCGAAACAUGAAGUCCCCACGUAUCAAUGUAGACGAACUUCCCGACAUAGGGGACGUGACGAGCAAGACGCUGACCGGGGCGACUCCCUUGGGCUGGCAUGAGGCCCAGGGCAUGCAAAUAUUGGAUGUCGUUACCCUUGCCAUUCGGGCUGCCAGGAUUUACUAUACCGCCCACGAGCGCCCGGAGCGACUGGCGUCGAUCAAGAGUGAGCGGGAAAUCCGACAGGAACUAUUCGACAUGCUGGAGGUUUUGAAACGAUGGGCCUCACGUAAUUUUACCGGUGGACUCCGGGACGACGAGCGAUCGUCGAUCAUGGGUUGGAUGUCCAAUGUGCGCAGCAUGCUGGCCCAAGAGGUGCGUAUGGAGGAGUCGGAAGCCCAAGAGCGACAGGGAUGGGCUUGGGCACGUGGCGACUGGACUGGGAAAGAGAGGGCGCGCGAGGAGGCCUUCCUGCGUAGUUUGCUGGAGACGGGUUCACUGCCAACAUGGACCUCCCUAGAGGGCCAGGCUCUCCCGACUCCAAUGCUUGAGUGGUUCCGAGACGGCCGUGGUCUCGUCCGAAUACAUAACCAGGCCGUUAAGAAAUCCAAGAGACCAUUCUGCGAAAUCAAAUCUUUCCACGAGGACGUCGCCAAACCUUACCGGCGGGCGGAUAACCUUCGGUACUGGAUCAAGGCGGCUGAGAUACGAUGGGAGACGAAGUUAGAAAUGGAUGUGAUGGGGGUGGUCUACGGGAAUAGUGAUGAGGCUUGGAGAAAGUUUGACACUGCCCUCCUUACUUGGUGCAAGGCAGUGCGCGAGGAGCUGAUGCGAGAUUGGAGGGAGCCUGAUCGAGGGAAUGCCGAUGCCAUCCCCCUGCAUGACGAGUUGGCAGUUUGACCCUGCGUGAGGAGAAGUAUGAAGGAGAGUUUUGGUACCUGAUGGCUGGGACCACGUAGUACGUUUUGCUUGAUGUGCACUUUGAUACCCCUUACUUGCUUGAGACUUGCUUGCUAUGUGGGAGUUUUUUCACUUUACUUUUUAAUUCUCUUCUCUGGUGAUUUAUUUUUUCUUCUUUUCUUUCUUUUUUUGGCUAUUUUGUUUGGAAUAAACUUUUACUUUCUUGAUGGGGGUGACUUGGUAUUAAUAUUUGAUAUGCCUAAAUGACUGACAUCAUCUUUUUGGGGGAUUUAUUUGGGUUUCAAACGGAUUGGAGUGGAAUGGGAUUGGGCUGUACUGUACUAUACUGUACAUAAGGAGUGGAACGGUACCACACUUUGGAAUUUACAUACCAUGGGGGGUUUUUUUUUCCCGACUGGCUGUUUGGGGAAUACAUGUGAAGAAACCCAAGGAACUCAUUACCACUCAAGUUAGCAACCAAACUAGAAAGAGAAAGAAAAAUAGCAUCAUGUAUCGGCAAACCCGUCCCUUUUUCCACCGACUCGAAAAGGGGAGCUUGCCGGGAAAAGGGAAGAAAUAGGUAGUAUUCACUUAUUCAGUUGGGGCUAGUGGUGUUCUCCUGAAAGGACGAUCCAAAACGGCGUCCGGAAAACAAGGGAGGAGAGAGAAAGUGUAGUAAUUUAGUAAUUUCAAAUUUCUCUUCUCUCUUUUUUAAGGUUCCCU